UCCCAAUUUGACUGUAACCUAUUUCUCUCUUAUUAAUUCGUUUCUCUGUUUUCUUUGUUCCUUAAACCACAAGUUAUUAGCGACCAACAAGGUUCCACCUUUCAUUGUAAACAUGGUUGCUUCAACAAAUCUUUUUGGGCAGUCGUCGUCAAGCCCGUUUGGCUCAUCUCAGUCAGUGUUUGGGCAGCAGAACAAUUCAAGUAAUAAGGGUCGCAAACGGGUAUUUCAAGUACUUCCAUUAGGAUCGCAAACAGGUAAUUCAAGUACUUCCGCAGGUGUAUUUGGUGCAACUCAAACGUUGUCACCCUUCUCUUCCAAUACUACUUCCAGCGCUUCGUCUUCGCCAACUUUCAAUAGUUCAAUGCCAGCAUUUGGGGUAUCUUAUACUCCAUCUUUUGGUGGAUUAUCAUGUUCUGGUCAGAAGCCUGCUAUUGGAGGAGUUCACUCUACUCCUACUCAAACAAGCCCAUUUGAUUCUUCAGCACCUUUUUGUGCUUCAUCCCAACCAACAUUUGGUUCAACGAGCACUCCUGCAUUUGGUGCAACGAGCACUCCCGCAUUUGGUGCAACAACAAUCCCAACUUUUGGUGGCUCAUCAGGAACAGCGUCUGCAUUUGGGGACUCAAGUUGUCCUGCUUAUGGUGCUUCUAGUACCCCAGCUUUUAGUUUUGGCUCCCCCACUCAGGCUUUUGGUCAGUCUAGUUCUGCACUCGGUACCAGCAGCCCAUUUGGGAGUACAAACUCAGCCUUUGGAGAUCAGAGUUAUGCAUUUGAAUCACAUACUCCCACUAAAACAUUUGAAAAUACUGGUAUUGGGCAGUCAGAAUUUGGACGUCGGCGUGGUGGAAGUAGAGUAUCUAGUUACUCAGCUACAACUCAACCGGAUGGGGGCUCUUCUGAAACUCUAAGAAAAUUUGAGUCCAUAUCAACCAUGUCUAUUUACAACGAUAAAAGCCACGAGGAGCUAAGAUGGGAGGACUAUCAAUUGGGAGAUAAAGGCGGACCACUUGCCUCUACUCCUCAGUCAACUGGUAUGGCAGGUUUUAAAUCAUAUACGACACAGAAAAAUGCCUUUUCUCGACUUGUAUUUGCUCAAUCAUCAGCCAAUCCCUUCUCUAGCACAACACCUAAUUCUAACAACCCAUUUGCACCGAAGACUUCAACAUUUUCUUCUGGAUUUGGAACUUCAGCUCCUGCUUUCGGUUCAUCGGCAUUUGACUCUUCAAGUACGUCUGCAUUUGGGACCUCCAGCUCUCUUGCUUCUGGUUCCUCUAGUAUCCCUGCUUUUGGAGGUCAGAGUUCUGUAUUUGGACCACAAAUUCACACUCAAGCAUUUGUAGGUCAAAGGGGUGGAAGUAGAGUAGCUAGUUACUCGGCUACAACUGAAACAGAGUUUGGCCCUGGACAACCUAGAAAAUUGGAGUCCAUAUCAGCCAUGCCUUCUUACAAAGAUAAAAGCCAUGACGAGUUAAGAUGGGAGGAUUAUCUAUUGGGAACUAAAGCUUUUGGACAGUCGUCGUCGCAUCCAUUUGGCUCCUCUCAGUCAGUGUUUGGGCAGCAGAACAAUUCAAGUGUAUUUGGUGCAACUCAAACAUUGCCACCCUUCUCUUCCAAUACUACUUCCGCUUCGUCUUCACCAGCUUUCAAUAGUUCAAUGCCAGCAUCUGGGCCAUCUUCAACUCCAGCUUUUGGUAAUUCAUCGUCGCCAUUUGGAGUUUUUGGUCAGAAGCCUGCUUUUGGAGGAUUUCGCUCUACUCCUACUCAAACAAACCCAUUUGGUAGUGCCAUCCAACCACCACAACAAGCAUUUGGAAGUAACACCCUACAAUUACAACCAGCAUUUGGAAGCAGCAUAUUUGGUUCAACGAGCACUCCUGCAUUUGGUGCAACGAGCACUCCAGCAUUUGGUUCAACGAGCACUCCUGCAUUUGGUGCAACGAGCACUCCUGCAUUUGGUUCAACGAGCACUCCUGCAUUUGGUGCAACGAGCACUCCGGCAUAUGGUGCAACCACCCCAACUUUUAGUUUUGGCUCCUCUACUCAGGCUUUUGGUCAGUCUAGUUCUGCAUUCGGUACCAGCAGCACAUUUGGGAGUACAACCUCGGCCUUUGGAGGUCAGAGUUCUGCAUUUGGAUCACGUACUCCCACUCAAACAUUUGAAAAUACUGGUAUUGGGCAGUCAGAAUUUGGACGUCAGCGGGGUGGAAGUAGAGUAGCUAGUUACUCAGCUACAACUGAACUGGAUGGGUGCUUUGGACAACCAGGAAAAUUUGAGUCCAUAUCAACCAUGUCUUAUUACAAAGAUAAAAGCCACGAGGAGCUAAGAUGGGAGGACUAUCAAUUGGGAGAUAAAGGUGGACCGAUUGCCUCAGCUCCUCAGUCAACCGGUAUGGCAGGCUUUAAUUCAUCUACGACAAAGACCGAUGCCUUUUCUCCUUCACCUGUAUUUGGUCAAUCAUCAGCCAAUCCCUUCUCUAGCACAACACCUAAUUCUAACAACCCAUUUGCAUCGAAGGCUUCAUCAUUUUCUCCUGGAUUUGGAACUUCAGCUCCUGCUUUCAGUUCAUCGGCAUUUGGCUCUUCAAGCACAUCUGCAUUUGAGACCUCCAGCUCUUUUGCUUUUGGUGCUUCUAGUAUCCCUGGUUUUAGUUUUGGCUCAUCCACUAAGGCUUGUGGUCUGGCUAGUUCUGCAUUUGGUACUUUCUACCCAUUUGGAGAUAAAGAUAUACGUUCUGGACAGACUGAAAAAUUGGAGUCUAUAUCAGCCAUUCUUCUUUACAAUGAUAAAAGCCAUGAGGAGCUAAGAUGGGAGGACUAUCAAUUGGGCUCUUCAGCCUCUACAAAUGCACCUUCUGGUUCUGAGUUUGGUCGGAAUACCUUCCCCUUUGGACAGAUGGCUGGUUUUAGUCCAUCAAGCUUCUUCAAUUCACUUUCGUCUGGGCUUGUCGGAAGCAUUUUCUCAAGCAGGGCAUCACCAACAUCUAAUGCACCUGACUGGGCGAUGUCAUAUCAAGGCAGAGGUUCGACGGUUUCAUUGGCGGUUUUGACAGGAACGGUGCUUGCGACGGUGGUGGUCAGUGGGUGGAUUUCGCAUAGGUGUUGGAGAGCAUGACUUUGGUCAGUUGAUUAUUCCAUUUGAGCACUGACUCUAGCUCUUAAGAGAGCAGUUGAUGGUUGUAAAGCAGUUAAAAGCAGUCGUACAAAUGUCUCAAGGAAUUGCUUUAUGGUCUUUCCAUUGAAUAAGCUAGUAGAUUUUAUUUUACAA